ACUCAACGGCCGUCUCGAACUUUCCAGCGUUCACAUUGCCUUUCCCCUUCCUCUCCCCCGUUCCCAGCCUCGCACUCUCACCCAACGCCAAAGGAGCCAAGCGCACACAGCCUUCGCAGCUUGCGCGGACGCAACCCCCGGUUCGUCGAGCUCGAAUCGAGUACGCGCGCGCCCCCGGAUCCAGCGGAGAUGAGCCGCCCACACGACGGGCACAGGUCCUUCUUCCCCGUCGGGAACCCCUUCAGGAUGAUCCUCCCAAGAGGAGCUCACCUUUCCCCGAAGCUCACCGCAGUGCUCACGUCGUACGAGGAUGGCCUGGCCUCGAGCUUGAGGAAGCUCAAGCCAGAGGCUGCCUCGAAUGUGCUCACCCUGUCAUGGAUGAAGCUUGCGGUGGACUGCUUAUCGGAUCUGCACACCAAAAUAGCGACCCUGAUCACCGAGCUCGAGCUUCCUGUCUCGGAUUGGGACGAGAAAUGGGUUGACAUUUAUCUCAAUAGCAGCGUGAAGCUGCUGGACAUCUGCAUCGCUCUGAGCUCAGAGCUUGCUAGGUUGGAUCAAGGGCAGUUGCUGCUGCAGUAUGUCCUGCAUGUGUUGGACUCUGGGAACCAAGUGCCAUCGCAAGAGCAGCUCAAGAGAGCUGAGGCAUCGCUUAAGGAAUGGAUGGAGCGUGCAAGCGAGAGAUCUCCGAGGCUUGAUAAUUGCUUGACUGCAUUACAGGAGCUUUCUGGGAACCUUUGCUUGAUGAAGGUUAAGCAUUCUGCUAAGGGGAGGGUGCUCAUGCGGGCAUUGUAUGGAAUCGAGGCUAUUACGGUCUUCUUCUGCAGUGUGCUUGUAGCCGUACUGUCAGGUAGCUCCAAGCCACUGGUGGAGUUGGAUGUCCCUGAGAAAUUUGGUUGGUCUAAAGCCUUCAGUGAUCUUCAUAAGGCCAUAAGUGGGGAACUUAGCAGCCAACUAUCCAGAGGUCGUGUUGCAGCUGUAAAAGAGCUGGAGAAAGUUGAGGUAUGUGCUAGACAGCUGCAUGCAUUGACUAGCUCUGCUCAGCUUGAUCUUGAAGAGGGGAAUGCCAGCCUGGCUCAUGCUGUUAGCCAUUCAAAGGAAGUGAUCAUGUCAGAUACUACUACAGCUCAGGAAGGAGGCCCUGAGGAUAAUCUUAAGCUGGCUGAGGGCAUUAGCUGUGAGCAUGAAGUAAUCAUGCUGCAUAGUACAGAAGAAGGACUGGAUACAACUGGCACUAAGGAGGAUGCCAAUACUUUCAGCCAUUCAGAGGAAGUGAUAGUGCUUGAGAGAACCAGCGAUGGAGGACACCAAGAUGAUAACGCAAAGCAGGCUACUGGCGUCGGCAGCGAGACCAGUGGCUUGGAAAGGAGAGAGGAGCUGCUGAACUGCAUCUCCAGCAUGUCGAAAAGCACCGAAGAGUUCCGACUGGGGUUGGACUCGCUCUCAAAACGGGUGGGGGACUUCUUCCAGGUCGUGCUUACAGGGCGUGAUGCAUUACUCUGCAACCUCAGGAUUUCAGGUGGGAUCAAGGUCGCCGCCGAGGUCAGGUCUUAGCAUGCUACUUUGUCAUGCUUCUGCCGUGUGAUAUGUGUAUGCACAGCUAGGUGGCUCAUCUUUGUGUGUGGUGCUUCUGACUUCUGGGCCCUGCUCAGCCCCACCAACACUAAGCUGGGGCCAGAUCUCAGGAGUAUAUGUGCCGCUAGUUGCGAUGUGUAAAAGCUUAUAUAUUUAUAUGCCCACAGCAUGGGGCCCUGCGGACCGAGGUUGUGGUAUUGUAGGUUAUUUACAGUUUGCCUCUUUUUGGUCAGUAGUAACUAGAGUACUAGUGUGUUGUUAAGUAAAUAGUGUGGUGUUGCGUUGGUGUUGGUGGAGUGUAUUACGGCGAGAGUAGGGUUAACUGUAUGUAUGCUCAUGUGUGCUGGUAGUGGAGAUGAAAAUGAGUCGGAAAACGUUAAUCCCUGCCUUGCAUAACUUGAACUGGUAUGCCCAACUUUCGGCUUUGUUUUUGGCGCU